AUGCCACCUGCUGGAGGCACUGAAGUGAUCAUUUCUGAAAUUGACGAUUCUCACUGCAUGCAAUCUGUUGGUAAUUCAUCAGUUGGACAAACGGUUCUGGAAAGGGACGAAGGGGUCAAGUUUGAUGAAAAUGGCCUUGUGAGACCCACGAUCGUGGAGUCUUCAGAGGUGAUUGACCCUUGUGGUUGCCCAGCAAAUUUGCGCGCAAUCGGAGAAAUUGUGAACGACGUCGUCAGUGAAGUUGUGCAAGAUGUUCCACCAGAAGUGAAGGAGGCAGCAUGCACUUCAUCGCUGGUUUUCGCUUCAUUGGCAGGGCUGUUCUUCUCGAUUGCUCUCUACAGAUACCUUCGACAUCUGUAUUAUCCAGAACCAGAAGGGUUUUUUUGCAGCACAUUUUCUUGGCUUUUCGCUCCGUUAUUUGACGCACUUUGCGAGAGGCAGCCACCGGGCGGAUUCUUCCACGAAAUGAGGCACGAAUCAACCGUUUUAUACGGCGAAGUGCAAGAAUCGAUUUCGAACUUUUUUCAACUUAUGAUGGACGGAUUUCAUGCUCUCGGUGUUAUAUUCUCAAAAAUGCUUGAAGGAUUGAUAGGAAACAUCGACGAUGGAAUUGAAGAACUGAGUGAAAACAUCGACGAUGGAAUUGAAGAACUGAGUGAAAACGUAUCCGAAAACGUCUCAUUUCUGGCACGGUUUUGCAGCCAAGUUUUUUACGGAACAUUGCACAUCUUUACUGAUACCAUAUCCAAAUGUGGACAAUCGGUUAUCGAUAUCUUCUCUCAUGAUUCUCAUGAUCGCUGGGAAUAG